AUGCGCUUCCUUUCCCUAACCCUGUUCUUUGCCGUGCCCGCAUUUGCCGUUGCAGGCCAUCAGCCAAAUGACGUACCGCCCGAUCCGUCAUACUACGAUGCCCCGACUGCCAUUAACCGUGGCCACGAAGCUCCUCUCAAUGCGCAAAAGGUGCAGCAGGAUCCAUGGGAGAACGGACCGUUAGUGAAGCGAUGGCGACAAUGGGUUCGGCGACAAGAUACGGAAUCCUCGGAAACGACGGAAACAAAAUCGGAGACUCAAAAGACCGAAGAGUCAACGACGAACGAGCCGGCCACGACGGAAGAAAAGGCCACUACAACGGAGGAUAAGCCUACGACGACCGACGAGCCCACGUCCACGACCGAAGAGUCUACAACACAAGAAACAACUACCCAAGAACCCUCAUCCACCACAGAAUCAACCUCGACCGAAUCCUCUACCUCCUUGACCUCUACAUCAAGCAGCAGCAUCACCGCCACCGAGCCCGGAGCCUCCUGCUACAGCACAACAGUCUCAACCACCGUCGUCUGCUCCAUAACAACCGACGGCCGCACCGAAAGCGCAUCCUGCAUCACCAACCGCAUGACAUCCAGCACCUGCGCCCCAGGCCUCCUCUGCGAGAUCCACCCUGCCUCUGGCGCCACAGUCUGUAUGAGAAAGCAUGAGGACAUCGGAACAGAGGGUAUCGUCGUAGCGAUAAUCUUCGGGGUGUGUAUUGCCGGGUGUAUGGCGGUUUUGGUGGGUAUGUGCGUCAGGGAUAAGAAGCGCGAGAAGAAGUGGCAGAGUAUUCAGCGGGUGAGGACGCUGAAGCAGGCGAAGAGGCAUGAGAGGACAAAUUUGAUGGCUGCUGCGACGCCUGUGACGCCAUAG